AGACACCGUGGUGCUCUCCUAUCAAGGUAAAAUAUGGUUAUGCAAAUUGCAGAAGUCCUCAGGAAAGGUAUUACAGAAAUGUCUUGGGCACCACAUGUGAUAUUCAUUGUCAGAAAGGUUAUGAACUGCAUGGUCCUCAGCAUCUUAUUUGCCAGUCAAACAAACGCUGGUCUGGGAAAGUUUUCUGCAAACAAAAACGCUGCCCAACACUUUCUAUGCCACCUAAUGGAGGAUUCAAGUGUGUUGAUGGUGCAUACUUUAAUUCUAGGUGUGAGUAUUAUUGCUCACCGGGAUAUCAGUUAAAAGGAGAUAGAGUAGUACAAUGUAUGGAUAGUAAAGCUUGGAGCGGAAGACCAGCUUCUUGUGUUGAUAUGGAACCUCCAAGAAUUCAGUGUCCAAGUGUAAAGGAGAAAAUAGCAGAACCCAAUAAAUUAACAUCUAGGGUAUUCUGGGAUAUUCCAGAGGGACGGGAUACUGCUGAUGGCAUUUUGACAGAUGUUGUUUUGAAAGGACUUCCACCAGGCUCAUAUUUUUCAGAAGGAGAUCACAAAAUUCAAUAUACUGUGUAUGACAGAGCUGGGAAUAAGAAAACUUGCAAAUUUUUGGUCAAAGUCAGAGUUAGACGCUGUGGAAAAUUGAAUGCCCCAGACAAUGGCUACAUAAAAUGUUCUGGUGAUGGAGAUAAUUAUGGUGCAACUUGUGACUUUUCCUGCAUUGGUGGGUAUGAAUUGCAGGGAAGUCCAGCAAGAGUUUGCCAGUAUAAUUUAGGCUGGUCAGGAACAGAGCCAACCUGUACACCUAUGAAUAUUAAUAUUGGUGUGAGGACAGCAGCAGCUCUUCUAGAUCAGUUUUAUGAAAAACGGAGGUUGCUUAUUAUAUCCACUCCUACUGCAUCCAAUUACUUUUACAGAAUGCAGCUGGGAAUAUUGCAGCCAGCACAAUGUGGUUUAGAUCUCCGGCAUGUUACAGUGAUUGAAUUGGUUGGGGUUUAUCCAGCACAACUGGGAAGAAUAGGAUUAAGACUGAUGUCUCCUGCCUUGGCUGUACAACUCAGUUAUAGAAGUAUACAGCUAUCCUGGUCAUGCAUACCAGUUAGAGUACCAGAGGUGUGGAGUACCUAUGCAAUGAAAUGUUUCUAAAGCAAGAAUAAAAUGAGCAUGCUUACUGUCUAAAGACAAGAUGGAACUUUGUUAUAUUCAUUGGAAUUUUGAAUGUUCUAGAUAUGCA